AUGGUUUCGGAGGCAGACGUCUCAGAAAGGGUAUCUGACAAGCUGAAACCAACCCAUUUGGAAGUCAAGGAUUUUUCGGAUGGUUGCGGUGGGAAAUUCCAUAUCGUUGUUGUGUCCGAUGCGUUCAAGGGAAAGAGAGUCAUUGAAUGUCACAGGUAUAGUUGUUCUUGA